AUGCUGCACCCCAACAAUACACAGUUCCAUCCCUCCUCCUUCCUUCUGAUAGGGAUUCCGGGGCUAGAAGAUGCACAUGUGUGGAUAGGCUUCCCCUUCUUUGCAGUGUAUCUAAUAGCCCUCCUGGGGAACGCUGCCAUCCUGUUUGUGAUCCAGACUGAACGCAGCCUCCACCAACCUAUGUUUUACUUCCUGGCCAUGUUGGCCUGCACUGAUCUUGGCCUGUCCACAGCCACCAUCCCCAAGAUGCUGGGCAUUUUCUGGUUUAAUCUCGGGGAGAUUGUGUUUGGUGCCUGCAUCACACAGAUGUACAUGAUCCAUAUAUGCACUGGCCUGGAGUCAGUGGUGCUGACAGUCAUGGCCAUAGACCUAAUUGUCAUCUGCAACCCCCUGAGGUACAGCAUGACCCUCACCAACAAGGUGAUAGCCAUCCUGGGCAUAGUCAUCAUAGUCAGGACUUUGGUGUUUGUGACUCCAUUUAUAUUUCUCAUCCUGAGACUGCCUUUCUGUGAUGUCUGGAUUUUCCCUCACACCUAUUGUGAACACAUGGGUUUGGCAAAGUUGGCUUGUGCUAGUAUUAGGGUCAAUGUUAUCUAUGGCUUGAUUGCUUUCUCCGUGGGCUACAUUGACCUUUCUGUGAUCGGAUUUUCCUACGUCCAAAUCCUCAGAGCAGUCUUCCACCUCCCAUCCUGGGAUGCCCGGCUGAAGGCACUCAGCACAUGUGGCUCCCAUGUCUGUGUCAUGUUGGCCUUCUACCUGCCUGCACUCUUCUCCUUCAUGACACACCGCUUUGGCCACAGCGUCCCUCAUUACAUCCACAUACUUCUAGCCAAUCUAUACGUGGUCGUUCCCCCUGCCCUUAACCCUGUUAUCUAUGGGGUCAGGACAAAGCAGAUAAGAGAGCGAGUACUUAGGAUGCUUAACCCUAAAAGCUUGACAUUUAACCGCAAGAAAGUCUUCCACGAUCACUCAGCAGGGCAAUAA